GUUAGGCAAAUGAUUCAUGUUUCAGAGGAAAACAUGUAUCCUCUAUGGUCUGACGCAGAUGAGCAUACGGAUCCACACCUAGACGAGCUAAUUAAAGAUCUUAUUCAUAACCGUUUGUCUCUAGAUGCUUGGAGUUGUGUCAAAACAGUUGGUAUAAGUUCAUAAAAGAAGAAAAGAAGUGUUGAAGCUGAUAAGGUGAAUGACAACAGAGGGUGCAAUCCUAAGAAAAAGAGAUCCUAAAAUGUGAACAAGGAGAAAAUGUAACCAACAUGGAGGAUGGUAAGGAUGACAAGUCAAUUUCUUUGGAUAUUUGGAGGGCGAUUGAGAAAAUGAAUGAGACUAUUUCUGACUUGGACAAAACACUCAACAGUCGAUUAGAUGCUUUGGAGAGCAAAUUUGAAACAUUUGUUGAAAAAAAAAUGACUGUGUUAGAAGAGAAGAUGAGUGAGAGGAUUAAAGCAGUGGAGAAAGAAAGAAAAGAGCCAAAAGACGCUGAUGGACCAAAAUAUGCCACUUCGCACACCAUUGAAGAUGAUGAGGGAACAAGUAAAGCACCUUCAUGGAUUGUUGAGAUGAAGCAGACAUCACAUGAUGAAUUUCUCACUCAAAGGGUUGUGAGGAAGGUAUACACUGUCAACAAUAAGAGGAAGGAAGAAGAUGAGAUAUCAGAGAAUCUUCCUCUCUUUGAGAAGAAGGAAUCUGUUAAGGUUGAGAAGAAGAACACUUCCAAGAAAAAGAAGAAAAAUGUUCAUCAUUCUGACGAUGUUGAAGAUAUUACUACCCAAGUUCAGAAGGCUCAGUUGAAAAUAGCUUCCAGUUCUGAAGAGACAUGGUCCAACCAGGAGGAUCAGUUAGCUAGUAAGAAACUCGAGGUGACACUAAAAAGCAUUGGAGAUGCUUUAACGAAGUUGGAUGGACCUGGACCUUCGAAGCANCCACUGGUGUUCCACUUCUUGAUUGGCGAUCAUCUCGAAAACGUAUCAACUUCACAAACUUCAUCCAAAACGAGAAGGAGUUUCAUGGACAGGUUCGUGUUAGGCAAAUGA